CGGGGCGGGCGGGGCCCGCUGAGGGCGGGAGCGCUCGGGCCUGGCGCGGGUCGCGGUGUCCCCGGUCGCGAUGCUCCGUCGGAAGCCGACGCGGCUGGAGCUGAAGCUGGACGACAUCGAGGAGUUCGAGAGCGUCCGGAAGGAGCUGGAGAGCCGCAGGAAGCAGCGGGACGAGGCGGAGGCAGCGGCGGGCGGCGAGGAGGCGGCGGCGAUCGGAGCGCUGGGCACGGAGCACAAGAGCCGCGAGCAGCUCAUCAAUGACCGCAUCGGGUACAAGCCGCAGCCCAAGGCCGGCGGCCGCACCGCGCACUUCGGCACCUUCGAGUUCUGACGGGGCUGCCCCGGGACCCCGCCAGCCCCGGCCCCGCUCAGCCGGACGGGCCUCGCCGCUCCGCCUUUGAGCUGUUACAGUUUUGGUUUUUAAGCUUGGUUAACAUGCCCGUGAACGCCCCUUGGCCGAGUGUUUUGGUUUAAAUAAAUACUUUUUUUUUUUUUUUUUUU